GUUCAAUACUUUUGAGGACAUCGUUCGAGUCAUGCAGCAGCCAGCAACUCGGCAAUUCACGAAGAGGCAUCCCGUCUCUCCGAAUCUUGGAGACAAUGCUGGAAUACGUGGCCAAGCGAUUGCCAUUCAAACCUCAGCUCCACUUCGAGCCCAACAGUCAAAGGCGCUAGAUUAUGAGAAACUCUCUCAUCAUGAACAUCAGGCACAGGAGAGCCACGAUCAUCAUGACCACCAUCAGCAUGAUCAUGACCAUAGUCCAUAUGGUCAUAGUCUUGACCAUAACGGACAUAGCCAUUACCAACAUAAUCACCACACCUUGGAUGAUUCCGACCAUGACCACUACCACAAUCACCAAAGCCACGACCAUGAUCACAACCACAACAAUCACAACCACCACCACGGUCAUCAUCAUGACCAUGAUCAUGAUCAUGAUCAUGAUCAUAGCCACGGUCACAGCCACGGCCAUCACUCUCAUGAAUCCUAUUCAAGCUAUCUUGGGAAACAACAACCACACUUCCAUACCCCUGUGAACUCAGCACACUAUCCUCUCCCGUCCGUUUCAAGUGUGUUUAGCUCCCUCAAUCCAGAGCAAAAGUCCAUCUUUAGUGUUGCUUGUUUACAAGCUAUCUUUGGAUUCCUGAUUUAUGGGGCAGCAGGCUCGUUGGGCAGUCUAUCCAUGAUUGCUUACUCGUACAUUGUUGUCUUUGACGCCAUUGGCCUCAUCAAUACUUUUGUGUCAACAGUACUUGAAUUUGAUUCGGCUUUCCGUGCACGCAAUGUGCAGCGUCCUUUUGGUGCAAUACGGCUUCAGAUCUUACUUGCGCUAGCUUCAGCCAUCUACCUUCUAUUUUUCUCCAUGCAAGUUAGCAAAGAGAGCUUAGAACAUCUGCUAUUGCCAAGCUCACACGAUGUGUCAGAAAACUCACAUACGGCACAUCCAGAGAAGUCUGCUGGUAUCACGACAUUUUUGUUAUUGGCAUCCAGUAUUGGUAUCUCGUAUUUGGCAGGUGUCAAUCUUCAAAACCAUGAAACAUUCUGCAAAGUGUGGCGACGCAUGCCUAUCACCAUGCAAGGAAUAUCUUAUUCUGUAAUUAAUCGAGGACGACGAGGAGCUAUUAGUACUUUGCGCGGAAACAUCUUUACAUCAUCAGUCAUAAGUUCAGGUCUGCUAGUAGUGAUGGCCAACUAUAUAAUUCGUAAUUCUGCAAUGGAUAAGUUGGUUGCAACCGUAGAAGCCGUGCUCAUGUUCUAUGUGGCUGGACCUACGGCUACUGCACUAGGGAAACUCAUCUUGCAGACCACCCCAAAACCAUUGCGGAAUGGAAUUGAAGGAAAGUUGCGAGAGCUACAACAAAUCAAAGGCGUAUUGUCAAUCGGCAGGACCCACUUUUGGCAAAAUACAUUUGGACAGUACAUCGCUUCUUUAGAGCUUCACGUAGCAGCAGAUGUGGACGAACAAGAAGUACUACAAGCUGCAUAUCAUAUACUUAGAGGGUUGAUCAAAGUGGGAGGAACAAAUGAUGAAAAUAUGACAGAAGGCGGAGAACUCAAUAUCAGCGUCAUCAAGGCAUAAUUGCGUGAAUGACUCGAGAUAUCACAGGCUCACCAGUGUUUGAUGUAGAUGAGAUGGACCUAGAUGGUUUAUUUCAUAGUGGAGGUCUGAAUAACAAUAUAGACGUCUCUUUCACAAAAAUAAAAAGUGUGGACCAGCAGUUUGUGUUAGUUGGCAAUGUUUCAGUAAACAUUGCAAGAGAUAGCAAUGAUGUUUUUUUUGCUCUAUAACAUGUUAUUAUAAAAGGUUUUGUUCAUGAAUAUUAACAA